CCGAAGCAGUUUGACUAAACCGCCACCAUGAAGUCCGUCGCCGCCAUCAUCACCACCGCCGUCCUCGCCGGCUUCAGCCAGGCUUGCUCAACUCCGGGCAAUUACGUCGUUACUUUCUAUGGCUACCCUGACAAUUCUCCCCCCGGUCCCGGCACUGCUCACAACUGUGGUGGUCGUAACUUCAAGGCUGGUGGUACUGGAACCUAUGCCGACCCCAUCACAAUUGCUACAGCCCCUGGCGAGCUGAACGUUUGCGAGAUUGUCUACCUACCUCUGUUGACCAAGUAUGGUCGCUACGAGGAUGACUGCGCGCAGUGCACCACUGACUGGAAGAACGGCCAACCUCACAUUGAUAUAUGGACUGGCUCCAACUCCGUCAACGGUGGCCAGAACCAGAUCAACUGCGAGGACAACCUCACUUUCGGUGGCCGCUACUCCAUCGUCCGCAACCCUCCCACCAACUAUGGUGUUGACACCACCCCUCUCUUUGUUGCUCCCAACACCUGCAACACCAACCACGUCUACCCCAGCAACCCUGCUCACUGCUAAAUUAGUACCCAGCAGACUUGUACAUAGCUACGAAUUUUUCACUUUCGCCUGAUGAUAAUGAUUUGCUAUCCAUGGUUGGCUCCUGCAGCGAGUUUACUUUGCGAGAUGCUUUAACGUAUAUAGUCGAUUGAUGAUUGUAAAUAAAAUGGGUUAUGAUCUCCUGC